UAUUCUCAGUAUAUUUUCCUUUGUGGCUUUGUGUGCUAUACAAAACCAAAGGGCAAGAUAAAUAUCAAACACUGGCUUAUGGCUUGUAUAUUUUUUCUUUUCUUCUGCAUUUUUAAUUUGAAAGCUAAGUUAAAAAAAAAAGAUAAAUAUCAACCCUCAUAUUUUAUAGGGUUAGAGAGAUAAGAGAUAAGAUUUGAAGUAUAGUUCAAGGAGCAUAUGUAAGAAUAUGUUAAGAGUCUUAGCACAAAAAAUACGUUGAGAGUCCCAUAUCAAAAAAAAUUAAAGGAUUAAGAGUUGAAGGAACAUAUGUAAAAGUAUGUUAAGAGUUUCAUAUCAAAAAUUUGAAAGAACGAGUAAUACGCUAUAGCUAAUAAAUAUACAUGAACACUCCAUUUAUUCUCAGUAUAUUUUGAAUUAGGAGCUCAUAAUUUCAUAAAAAUAAAACGCGUAGGCAAGUUAUAUAUAAGAUGUAAGAAAUAAAGAUUAAGUGAGAAAUGGCAAAUUGUUUGUAAUAUAGAACAAAUAAUAUAAGUUAAGUAACAUGUUGUCAGAAUAGGUUAAUGUGAAUUAAUGACACAACAUGUGUAAGACGUAACUAUUUAAAUAAAAUAACAAGAUGCAAACGAAGAAGGCACGAGGAAGUGCAUCAAAUGAAGUGCAGGGGUUGGGCGAAUUGCAGGGGUUGGGAACAUGUAAAUGUGUCUUUACAUAGAUUUACUAAAAAGUAUUACAGAGACUCUACCCAUAUAUUGCUAAACAAAUCAAUGGUUAAUUAAUUAACUAAAAAGAGCUUAAGUUCUUAGUAUUUGUUUUCUAAAACUAUAAGUCUAUAACUAAUGCCGUGUUGCCCGGGAUGGUCUCUUCUUACGUGUUGGUUUCCCUGUGAAAGCCUCGUUUUAAUUACUAGAGAUACUUUUUCUUAAUUAACCGACUUAUGAACAGAACAGUCCCUGAAAACUUUGAUGACACAAUCGAUUAGUGACAACUUUGUGAACUUUGAGGAUUAGUUGGUCGUCUGUUUUGCCAAAAACCGUGCAAGUACUAGUUUCAUUACAAAUUUCAUUUUAGAGUUUUCCACAUUAACUACGAAAAAGGUAACUAGUAAUUAUCUUAACUACUCGCAUGCAUCGACCAAAACGAAUUGAGCUACAGCUGAUAUUGAUAUUUGGAUUGGAUGUUAAUUAUUUAUCCAGGAUGAUUCUUGGUUCUGCCAAAUAUAUUUCCAUGACAGAGAAAACUUCAUGCGUUAAGAAGCCCGUAUUAGUUAAGGCCUUAGGUUUAGGCCUCAUCUGAGCCCACUAUGCUCAUUGCUCACGAGCACAUCAUCACUUAUGUUUUACAUAUUGAUUGAUGUCCAAACCUUCUCGUACAUUGAUACAAGAGAACUCUUGAUACAACCAAAACUACAAUGCAAAACGCAUGAAAUGUUGUGGAAUCAGUACAUUUUAUUAUCUAAUGAAAAUAAAAUGUUGCCAUUUGUAUAAACCAGAAAAUACUGCCAUUUGUAUAAACCGGAAAAUAUUUUCCUGCGAUCUUCGGAGAUAUGAUAAUUUUUCAUUCAUAUAUACUUUACAGCACGGUUUGACUCGAAUUCAAUCAUCCUCUGGCGGAAAGUUAUUCCCCCACAUCUCUCCCGUGCGUGCCACUAAUCAAAACAUUAGACAAUAAUAACGUUACAAACAAUAAUAUUAAAUUCGAAACCAACUACUCUAAAGUUAGCAUUUAUAAUUUGUAUCAUGAUCAUUGAUUUUCUUUAUCGUCCUUUAAUCAUUCUUGCAUCAUUAUUGGAUUUUAAUUUUUCUCGACACAAACAAAAAAAGACAUUUGUUAAUUAAAAAUAUCAGUUAUCUAAACCAAUCAAAAUCUAAACCAAAGACCAAAGAUGAGUCAAAUCAUUUCUGUUAGAUCAACAAAAACAAAAAAGGACAAAAACAAAAUAAUUUAUCAUUCCUCUUCAUGCAAAGAUCUAAAAACUAGCACAUCUCCUAGAGUGACACGUAGUGUAAUUUCACUUCUGUCAUUUAUUAUCUAAUCUAAGCUUACCGACACAUCACCUUCACUCAGUCACAUCCCAAAUAGCCAAACCUAUUAUGAAUAUUAUUUCAUUUAAUAUGAUUGGUUAGUAAUAUCUAUUUUAAUUGUUCAAACAAAGAGAGAAUUAAAAUAACUAAAAAAAUCACGUGCUGGUGCUUCACCUCCUCCUCCUCCGCCGCUUCUCCUCCGUGAAAAUUGCAUUAAUUCAAAAUCUUCUGAUUACAAACCCUAAAUCCUCUCUCUCUCUCUCUCUCUCUCUCUCUCUCUCUCUCUCUCUCUCCUAAAAUGUUCUUGUCGUCUUCUCAUUCUCAAAUCCACUUUAAAAAAAAAACACAAUCAUCCAUCCAGUCAACCAAAUCUAGAUCAAAGUUUGAAACUUUUUUUAAAAUUUCAAUUAAUUAGUUUCUUAAAAAAAAAAAAACUUAUUUGUUAUUUUUUCAUCUCCUUCCUGUUGCAUCUGUAAUAGCAAAUCUUCAGUUUCUCCUCCAAAGAAACACCCUUUUACUCUGUUUCUUCCAAACAGAGUAAAUUUCAAAACAAAACAGAGUAAAUUUCAAAACUUUCUUGGAAAGUUCGUUUCUUUUUCUUCCAACUUGUGUUUCUAGCGAAGGGUAUUCAAAGAUGGGCGGUGUGACGUCAUCUAUGGCGGCGAAGUUUGCGUUUUUCCCACCGAAUCCGCCGUCUUACGGUGUCGAGGUGGCGUCAGAGACAGGGAAGCUGAGGCUAACGGGUGUGGAGAACGUGAAGGAGAACGUUGAAGUGUUGAAGCUGAAGACUAAGAGAGGGAAUCAGGUGGUUGCGGCGUAUAUUAAGAACCCUACAGCCUCACUCACGCUUCUUUAUUCUCACGGCAACGCUGCUGAUCUAGGCCAGAUGUUCGAGCUCUUCUCCGAGCUCAGCCUCCAUCUUCGCGUCAACUUAAUUGGGUAUGAUUAUUCAGGUUAUGGGAGGUCUUCAGGGAAGCCUAGUGAGCAGAACACGUACUACGAUAUAGAAGCAGUGUACAGAUGCUUGGAGGAGCAAUAUAAUGUUAAGGAACAAGAUGUUAUCUUAUAUGGACAAUCCGUAGGAAGCGGACCGACUCUAGAGUUAGCUUCUCGGUUACCAAACCUCAGAGCCGUUGUUCUUCACAGUGCAAUUGCUUCUGGUCUUAGAGUCAUGUACCCUGUUAAGCGAACUUACUGGUUUGACAUUUACAAGAAUGUUGAUAAGAUAUCUUCUGUCAAAUGUCCAGUGCUGGUGAUUCACGGAACAUCAGAUGAUGUUGUGAAGUGGUCUCACGGGAAGCAACUAUUCGAUCUUUGCAAAGAAAAGUAUGAACCGCUUUGGAUCAAAGGAGGGAACCACUGCGAUUUAGAGCUAUACCCUCAGUACAUAAAGCAUCUCAAGAAGUUUGUAUCAGCGGUUGAGAAGUCACCUCACCAAGGCCAAGCAUGUGUGCCACCACAAACAGAGAAGGCUAGGAGCAGUACUGAUGUUAGAGAGCCUGCAAGGCCAAGCACAGACCAAAGAGAGAAGUCAAGAACAAGUAUGGAUCAAAGAGAGAUGCCGAAGUUGAGUGUAGAGAGUAAAGAUAAAGCGAGAGCCAGCGUUGAUAAGAGAGAAAGAACGAGGAAAAGUGUUGAUGGUAAUGCCACAGAACAGCAGAUACAAACAGAGAAAGCCAGGAAUAGCAUUGACAGGUUUGGGGGGUUGAUAAGAUCAGUAAGUUUGUGCAACAUAGAUUGUUUCAAACCUACAGCAACAGCUAAGUGAAUGAAUUGGUAGAAGAAACAUGAACAUGAACUCACAGACACACACAUGUAUCCAAAACAUUGUUUGGUUUUGGUUUGUUCUCUUCUCUCUUUGGAAUGUAACAAGUCACAUGUCAAUGUUUGAUCACUGUAACUCUUCCCAUCUACUGGAUUCAAACAACUUGAUUUGGUUGUUGAUAUAACCAAAUAGGUAUCUGUAUUACAUUUGUUUUUU